AUGGCAACCGCGCACAAGGUCCAUCUUUCCGCAAGCUCCGACGUGGGAGUCUUCAGCCAUGGGGCAAAGGAGGAGACAGCCCGCGCGGCGAGUGAGGCUUUGCAGGCAGAUAUGGAGAAACACCAUGUCUUCUUCAAUGAUCAAGGCUUUCAUAAUCACAUCCCCCAUUCGCUACUGAGUAUCUAUGCUGUCGGCGGUUCGGCCGACGAUAUCCGCGCAGCAUUCGGAAGGAAUCAAUCAUAUCAGCGGCCGGUCUUACCCACCGACGAUGAGUUGGUGGGCAAGAUGCACCAGACGGGCAAUCUGAGGGAAUACUUUGGACAGGAGAAAAACUACCCAAAUUUCCUGUCUUUCUUUCAAAAACAGAUUGACGACAAGGGCGUGGAUGCAAUCUUGAAUGAGUAUUUGUUCGCCGAGAACGGGCAGGCAGAGAACCUGUUGUGUCGACUGUGGGGAGGCCUGGUUCAUCCAUUGAUCCAUCUCGGAUUUGGGCUCGAGUUCAAUCAGCCUGCUAUCGUGGCCGAGGCGCUUGCCCAGGCCGCUGUUCAUGACGACAAGCUUGGCUAUGACUUCUUCCUCUCCGCCGAGAAGAAAGCAGGCGCAGUGGGAAAAGCAAGCAGCAAGAGCCUCAUACAGCUUUUGAAUGAAAUUCUCGAAAACGAAGCCUUGGCUACUUCAGCCCAAUUCGGCGACAAGAACAAAAUCACAGACGGUGUGCUUCGACGAGCAUCCCAAGAGAUGUUGCACGUCGCCUCGCAAUACACGGUUUCAGAAGACCAGGUGGACGAGAAACUGGCCGAGAUGAUCAACGCUUUUGUGUAUUAUACGAGUGCCGCCCAGCGGCCAAACAAAAUGGUCAAGUUGGACUUCUUUUUCAUCCACUGUGUCAACUCGGCUAUUUUCUUCUCGAGUCUCGUCCAUCGACCCAGUCUGAACCAGCAGACCCGGCUGCGUCUGCUAGAGUGGAAGGGCCGCCUCGACCUCCUGAUGUAUGUUUCGCGUGGAUGUCCUGAGUUGAGAAAGGAGGACAUUGUGAACCAUCCGAUCACCAAGGAUUGGUCUGCCGUCUUUGCCAGCGCCGCAUCACACCCGGCAGAUGACGGCCAUUUGGUCAAAUUUGUCCGCGCAGUUGCGCACGGGGAGCAGGUAUGCAAGCCCUUUGACGGCAAACGGCAAGAAUCUAUGCCGGUUUCAGGCAAGAUGUGGCUCCAAAUUGCCAACAUGGCUAUCGACUCCACUGUUGGGGAAGAGGAUGGCGCGAUGUGGAUCCGCUCCACAGGUUUCGAUGAAGCCUGGGAGAAGAUUCCCGCACGCUCUCGUCUUUGA